GUACACAAGGCCAUGAUAAAAGCUGAUGUAGCAGCUGCACUGGUACACACACACACACACACACACACAGAUAUCCGACCUCACAGCAUCUCCAUCCACGCACAGGUGAACUUCAAGUGACUCAUCAGCGGCAGUGAGGAAGCAAGUAGCCCACAUCAUAUCGUCAUGGAAACAGCAUGUGAGAGUUAGCAAGAGGGAAUGAGCAGCGAGAGGGAGGGAGAGGGACGGAGAACAAGUAGGAACUGCAUUAGAAAACAAGCACAGUCUCCAGAACCAUCUGAAAGCCUCAAAACUAUUGGCACACUAUCUAUCUCUUGGACCUUCUAGCAACUAUUAAAUAACUACUGAAGAAUAUUUGCUGUACCAGACUGAUUCUCACUGCUACUGCAGGUUGUGAAAUUCUCACAAUGCCCUGAAUGUCCAUAAGUCCAAGGAACUGAUGGAAUCUCUUUGGCUCUGAAAAAAAAAGCAGUUUUCACACAACUGUCCCACCUGAAAGACAAAGACAAAGUUCUCUCUGGAAGAAGAAUGGAGCACACAACCUUGUUUUGUCCAUCUCAGACUUGGAAAGGCCCUAAUGUUUCGACGUUUUCAUCUGAGUGGGAUGAUACGUUGAACUCCUACCUGUUGGCACCUGAUGUGAUUAAACCUCCUCCACAAUUCCAAGAUCCAGAGGAACCAUGCCAGGCCACACCUACUAACGUAACUGUCAUUAGAAAGAGGGAUAAAGACACAGUCAGGACAGGCGCCAUGCAAAAAGAGCGCAGGAGCAGACCUGUCAGUGCCAUCGAACACCACAGACGUUCAUUAUCACUUUCCACAGCCAUCACCUCCAACCCAGGUGCAACACGGCGCCGGUGUGAAAGCUAUGCCCUGUCAUAUCCCAGCAGCAGCUCCGACGACAGUGGCAGUGAUAGCACUUCUGUGAGGAGAGGAGAUCGCCUUCCUGAUGCAGUGCCUCAGCACAAGGCUCGGAGCAUUGUUUUGAGAAAAGCUAAAAGGAAACCGACCCCACCUACACGGACAGUGUCGCUGCCCAGACUCACAGAUGUGACGCAUCCAGAGCGUAGAACACAGAGUCUCUACAUUUCCAAUGAUGCACAGAAUGUCAUGCUCCUUCCAGAUCUUAUUCCAUUAUCUAAGGAAGAAGCCGGUGACCCCGGGAAGACCGCGCUCGCUCCCGAAGCACCAGGAGAGGUUCCAGUGAAUCAGGCCAUCUCCAGUCACAGGCCACUAAAAGACCUAAGGUCUAGUGAACCAUGCAAGUCUAGCACUUCCUCUGUGGGAUAUCCUCUAAACGAACCUGCAAAAGUCUCUUCCAACUCCGACUGCAACAACUCCCCAUCAUCCUCUCGCUCUUCUCCCUCUCAGCCUUCUAUCUCCUCCCCUACCAAACCACCUGGCUCAGCCUCGCCCUCCAGUGGCUACUCGAGCCAGUGUGAGACUCCUACUCAGCCGACCGCUAUUACAACAGGAGUCUGCAGAAUGCGGCCCAAACAUUCUGGUGCUGUUCCUGGCCAACAUAUCCGAAACUGCAGAUCAAGAUUAUCCCUGCAGUUACCUGAGACACAAGCGGUUAGCCCGAACCCAGAACCUUCUGUCGUCCUGCCAAAAGUCAACCGCCGUUACUCUGAUGCCUCACACCCGAAGCAGAGGCUGAGUAACAGCAUGCUGAUAAUGCCUGUGGUGACUCAGGAAGACCUGAACAAUGUGCGCUUGCGCUCAGUCAGCAGCUCUGACCUAGACACCACAGCUGUCAUUGAGGAAGAGAAUGAAAGGGAUGCAGGCUCUGUUGCUGCUCAGAACAGCCCAAAAAACAAACCCCCUGUAGCACCCAAGCCACCUGUGUCUAAAAGACCACCUUGUGCAGCAGCAGUGACUAAUUCUAGCACAACUUCUGCUGCAGAUCCGAAGGUAACCAAUGCCAAUUACGGACAAAGCAGCGUUUUUUCAAUGGUUAACAAAGUUAAGCCCAAGGUUGUUCUUCCAUCCUCAUCAAACGCCAGUAGUGACCAUAAGCAGCAAUCUCAAGAGCAUAUGAAGGAGACAAGUCGCUUACAAUCCCAGUGUAGUUCCGAUUAUACAAAUGCGUUGUCCUUCAAACCUGCUACUGACGCCAAACCGAGCGAGCCACAGAAGAAGAGAAGAGCACCGGCCCCUCCGGUUUCAAAGAGACCCAAUACAGUCUACUUACCCUGUGAUAACACGUCCGUACUGGAGAAGCAUGUCCAGUCACCUCCGAAUUAUUCAAAGCCAGAGAGUUCUCAGCGAGAAUACCACGUCACGGUGUAUGGACUCAUUCCAACUUGCUCAGAAGUUGAUGAAAAAGUACCACCAAAUGUAACUGAAUAUGAAUUCUAUGAUAAAGAGGAUGGGCAAGUGCCAGAAAUCGGUGCUCUUCAUUUGGUGAAUGAAGAGGAUGAGGUUUUUCUUCACAAGCCCUCCUCUCACACAACAGAGGACCUUUUCACCAUUAUUCACAGGUCGAAGAGGAAACUCCUGGGUCGUAAAGACUCUUUAGAUAACAAGCAAGGUGACUUUGGCACUCACACUCUCGGCGGUGUUUCUAAGUCUACUUCCCAGAACGACAACUUCAUGGCUCUUCUGAGAAGGACGAGAAGUGCCAAGGCCAGCUGCGGGAGUCGAAUCUCAGCUGCAGAACUUCUGAGGAGCUCGAAACCUGCAGCAGCUACCGGCUCCACGGAUCUGACCAGUUACAAAAAACACAACAUGAUGCAAUCUCACGGUCCUUGAACUGUCAUUGUCAUCGAUGCUGUUUUGGCUGAAUAUCACAUUGUCACAGUAUUGCUCGCUUAAGCUUGUGAACAAUCUGCUUGUAUAAAAAACACCUGCUGUUUGAAAUUUUCAGAAAUCUGACAGUUUAGAUAUUGUUUAAUCUUUAAAACUAAAAACCUUCUUUGGUAACUAAAGAUUAUGACGUGUAAAAUGAGUAAAAGAUUUAUAUUCUGCAAAUUGCAAAUGUUAACAUAAAGAGCUGGCUUUAUAUUGUCUAAAUGUUAGUUAUACUUUACGUUAUAUUAUAAAAUGUAUUUGUCUCUACUGCCUUGAGUGGAAUUUUGUGAAACAGCACAGUAAUGCUGUAUAUUAUUGACUGUUUUCAGAACAUACCAUACUGUAGAUCUAUUCAAAGUAUUAAAUUUCUAUCCAUA